CAUAAACAUGGAUUUAUGACACAUUCCCUCUCACACGGUGCCACACACAGUUGGGUGGCUUCCAGCAGGCAGCUGGCAGCCCCACCCCUCCCUCCCCAGGAAGUCCUUGCUGGGGCUCAUGGGGUGGGACAGCUGGGCUCCAGCCUAGGCCAGAGUUCAGUCCCUGAGCUGGUCAGAAGAGGAAAAACAUUGGAGAUCAGGGUCCUACACUGCUGGUCUUGCCACAGGACCAGGCACGGCGCUCCCCAGACUCCCCUUCCCCUCUCUGAGGGCACCAAUCUGGCUGGAGAGGUUACAGGUCGGGGAGGCAGGUUCCAAGGACCAGGGCGCCCACCGAACGCCCGCGGCCCGCCCCUACGCCGAAGCACGACGCCCCAUCCGGGCCCCUCGAGGACCCAGGCACGGUUCAGGACCGACUCGUCCUCUCGGCAGUCCGACCAUCGGCUGGUGGAGGGGGCUCUGAGGCCGCGGGGUAACCAGGGCACGCAGCCUUCCCGAAGGACGGGGCAAAAAAAACAGCGACUGGCAGAGGCAGAGCAGCUGCAGAGCCCAUCAGAUGCAGCCCAGUCACCUUCCCCCAAGGACCCCUAUGUGGGAUUGCCCACAACCCUGGGCCCUCAACGCAGCAUCUAUUUUUCAAGCCCUAAGGGCCACUUUACCCGACUGGGGUCAGAGUUUUUCGACCAGCCGGCAGUCCCCCUAGCCCGGGCAUUUCUGGGACAGGUCCUAGUCCGGCGACUCGCCAAUGGCACAGAGCUCCGAGGCCGUGUUGUGGAGACCGAGGCAUACUUGGGGCCAGAGGAUGAAGCCGCCCACUCAAGGGGUGGCCGGCAGACCCCUCGCAACCGAGGCAUGUUCAUGAAGCCGGGGACCCUGUAUGUGUACAUCAUCUAUGGAAUGUACUUCUGCAUGAACGUCUCCAGCCGAGGGGACGGGGCUUGCAUCCUGCUGCGCGCACUGGAGCCCGUGGGGGGCCUAGAGACCAUGCGGCAGCUUCGCACCACCCUCCGGAAAGGGACCGCCUGCCGUGCCCUCAAGGACCGUGAGCUCUGCAGUGGUCCCUCCAAGCUGUGUCAGGCCCUGGCCAUCGACAAGAGCUUUGACCAGAAAGACCUAGCCCAAGACGAGGCCAUUUGGUUGGAGCGUGGCCCCCUGGGGCCCAGUGAGCAAGCUGUGGUGGCAACAGCCCGGGUGGGCAUAGGCUAUUCAGGGGAGUGGGCCCAGAAACCCCUGCGCUUCUACAUCCGGGGCAGCCCCUGGGUCAGUGUGGUGGACAGAGUGGCUGAGCAGGAGGCACAGGCCUAAGCAAAGGGCCUGCUCAGAUAAGACUUUUUAAAUGUUUAAAAAAACAAAUAAAUUCUUUAUUUCUAGAAAACA